CCUCGGUACGCUUUGGUUCCUCGUCGUUGCCCGUGGUAUCCUCGGUUUCGGUAUCGGUGGCGAGUACCCGCUCGCGGCGUCGUCGUCGUCGGAAGAUGCGACGUCGCCCGCCGACCGCAACCGCCGCGUCGCGCUCACGUUUUCGCUCCAGGGUGUCGGCUUCCUCAUUGCCGGCAUCAUGGGUCUCAUCAUGGUCAACGUGCUCGACGACACGCCGCAGCAGCUCGAGAUCAUGUGGCGCGUGCUCUUUGGCAUCGGUGUCCUCCCGGCGCUCUUCCUUGUCUACUACCGCAUCACGGCCGAAGAGACGCACGUGUAUAAGACGAUGCUCGCGGAAGAAGUGCACAUGAAGAAGAUUCGCUGGUCGUUCAUCCUCAAGCACUACGGCAAGAGCCUCCUCGGUACGGCUGGCACGUGGUUCCUCUUUGACAUUGUGUUUUACGCGCAAAACCUCUUUUCGGCGUCGAUUCUCUCGGUGAUUGGCGCCAACUCGACGCUCAAGACGAUCGCGCUCCAGAACGUGUUGAUCUCGCUCGUGGCGCUGCCGGGUUACUACGUCGCGUGCUUUUUCAUCAACAAGAUGGGCCGCAAGCUCAUCCAGCUCCAGGGUCUCACGUGGAUGACCAUCAUCUUCCUCGUGCUCGCCAUCUGGUGGGACUCGAUCAAGGGCCAGAGCGCGCUCUUCAUCAUCCUCUUUGGCUUGACGCUCUUCUUCUCCAACUUUGGCCCCAACAUGUCGACGUUCGUCAUGCCCACGGAAAUGUACCCGACGGCCAUCAAGAGCUCGUGCCAUGGCUUCUCGGCCGCCAUGGGCAAGGCGGGUGCCGCCAUUGGCUCGUACGGCUUUGCGCACUGGGUGAAGGCGCCCGGCUUUGGCUACGUUGGCACGUGGUACACGUUUGCCGGCAUCUGUUUGGCGGCGCUUGUCCUCACGUGGUUCUGCAUGUUUGACAACAACGACGGCGACAUGUCCAACAUCGACAACGAGUUCAAGGCCAAGCUCGCGCUCGAGAACGACGAGACGCGCAAGUCGUUUAUCGCUGGCGAGGACGAGCACGAGUUCGAGAAGGACGCGGCGUACGUCAAGGCCUAAGUUAGUAAACGGACCUAGUGUAGUGUCCCACAUAGAAAUAUAUACCACCGUGUUGUUGUUC